GCAGGAUGCGUGGGAUUCGUUUUAUUUGAGUAGCUGUUGCUCACAUCAGCAUGUCGCUGCGGCAGAGUAACUUAUCCACGACCAGUCGAAUUCGAGGGUCGGAUUAUCUCAGCGCCGACAGCGAAUCUCGGUGUUCCGGCUUUGGGCGACAAAUGUUGCGAGACAGCAUGCGGCGAAUACGGAGACUUCGACUUCCUACCGCUGUUCGAACAUCAUUUCGACGAACGAGCGAAAGCCGCGGGUCCCUGGUGCGGGUAUCCCGGAACCGGGCAACGAACGCCAUUGUGACUGAUCUCGUGGACUCCCUGAUGAACUCGGGUCAGCAGUCUUCAUCCGACAGUCCGAGU